ACCACGUGGAAGCUUCUAGUAAACAUUCUUGUGUAUUGAGCUGUUCUAACUUGAAAUUUGCAGAUUUCCAGUUCAGUAGACAUCAAAAAGAUGAACAUGCAUCCAGUACAGAUCUUCAGCCAGGGUGCUGGCGAAGAAAAAGCGGAGAUUGCUCGAAUGUCAUCUUUUGUUGGUGCCAUUGCUAUAGGUGAUUUAGUAAAGAGUACUCUUGGACCAAAAGGAAUGGAUAAAAUUUUACAGAGUAAUGAUCCUAAUUGUACAUUACAAGUAACUAAUGAUGGAGCUACCAUAUUAAAAUCUAUUGGUGUCGAUAACCCAGCUGGUAAAGUACUAGUUGAUAUAUCUAAAGUACAAGAUGAUGAAGUUGGAGAUGGUACAACAUCAGUAGUUGUUUUAGCUUGUGAACUAUUAAAGGAAGCAGAACAAUUAGUUAGUAGUAAAAUACAUCCACAGACUAUAAUAACAGGUUGGAGAGCAGCUGUUGAUACAGCUAGAAAAGCAUUAACUGACUCAGCUAAGGAUAAUGGAACUAAUCCUGAUAAAUUCUGUGAAGAUUUGAUGAAUAUAGCUAGAACAACCCUCAGUUCUAAAAUUCUAACUCAAUAUAAAGAACAUUUUGCUAAAUUAGCAGUAGAGGCUGUAUUAAGAUUGAAGGGAAGUGGUAAUCUAGAUGCCAUUCAGAUUAUAAAGAAGCUAGGAGGAGCUCUACAAGAUUCUUAUUUAGAUGAAGGAUUUUUAUUAGACAAGACGGUUGGUGUACAUCAACCUAAACGAGUAGAAAACGCCAAGAUAUUAAUAGCCAAUACACCUAUGGAUACUGAUAAGAUCAAGGUGUUUGGUAGCAGAGUAAGAGUUGAUGCCGUAUCUAAGGUAGCAGAAUUAGAAGUAGCAGAGAAGGAAAAAAUGAAAGACAAAGUGAAUAAAAUAAUUAAACACAAUUGUAAUGUUUUUAUAAACAGACAACUAAUUUACAAUUACCCUGAACAAUUAUUUGCUGAUGCUGGUAUGAUGGCUAUAGAACAUGCAGAUUUUGAUGGUAUAGAAAGGUUAGCUUUAGUUACUGGUGGGGAAAUUACAUCAACUUUUGAUUGUCCUGAUAAAGUCAAACUAGGUACCUGUGAUGUUAUUGAACAAGUUAUGAUUGGUGAAGAUCAGCUUCUUAAAUUUACUGGUGUGGCUUUAGGUGAAGCUUGUACUGUUGUCCUUCGUGGAGCAACACAACAGAUUUUAGAUGAAUCAGAAAGAUCUCUACAUGAUGCUUUAUGUGUACUAUCACAGACUGUCAAAGAAACUAGAACUGUUUUUGGUGGAGGAAGUUCAGAAAUGUUAAUGGCUGAUGCUGUAUCAAAGUUAGCAGCUAAAACACCUGGUAAAGAAGCUGUUGCCAUGGAAGCAUUUGCUAGAGCAUUAAGAGCUUUACCAACAUGUAUAGCAGAUAAUGCUGGCUAUGAUAGCGCUGAAUUGGUAGCUCAAUUAAGAGCAGCUCAUACAGAUGGUAAACAUACAUAUGGUUUAGAUAUGAAUGAUGGUGAAAUAGGUGAUAUGGAAAAGCUAGGAAUAACUGAAUCUUUCCAAGUUAAACGUCAAGUCCUACUGAGUGCUGCUGAAGCUGCUGAGAUGAUAUUACGCGUUGAUAAUAUAAUCAGUUCAGCACCUAGACCUCGACAACCAGACCACAGACAUCAUUAAAUAGACUUAACAUUUCUUGUGCUUUUUACAUGAUUGACUUACAUCAUGAACUUUCUGAAAUUAGUGCUAUCAAUAUUUAUUUAUUAUCUAAAAUUAAGCUAUGAAUAUCUCAUUGUCUCUGCAUUUUGUAUUCACCAUAUCUUUUGUUUUCAUAUUUUGAUAAAAACCAUUGCAUCUACCAAA